AUGUGUUUUCUGUUUCUGCAGCUUGAACCUCGUCCUUCAACAACUACUACACCAACCCUAACAACAACUACAACCCCAACUACAACAACAACAACACCUUCCCCUACAACAACAACAACUACAACACCAGCAACAACCCCAACCCCAACAACAACUUCAACACCUACCCCUACAACAACAACAACUCCAUCUACAACACCAACUACAACAACAACUACAACACCGACCCCUUCAACAACUACUACACCAACCCCAACAACAACUACAACCCCAACUCCAACAACAACACCAACACCUUCAACAACUACAACACCAACCCAAACUACAACCCCAACUGCAACAACAACACCAACCCCGACAGCAACUACAGCACCAACAACAACACCAGCCCCGACAACAACAACAACUCCAACAACACCACCAACAACAACUCCAACCCCUACAACUACAACACCAACUCCAACAAUAACUACAACACCUUCAACAACUACAACACCGACAACAACUCCAACAACAACACCAUCAACAACUACAACACCUACCCCAACAACAACUACAACAACAACCCCUACAACUACAACACCAACUCCAACAACAACACCAACACUCACAACAACUACAACACCGACACCU